AUGCAGGUCUUCCAGUUCAAGGCGCGUGACCUCAAAGAAGGACGCAUUUGGUCUUGCACGUCUUUCGACUAUGAAUCUAUAAAUUGGUUGACUUCAAUCGGUAAGUGGACAUUGAACCGUCUUGACGGACCAGGGGUCAGUUUUAAGCGUGGCUGCUAUUGGUUCCACGCAGCUUUUGGGGAUCGGCUCGAGUUUGGGUCGUACACCCUCCGGAAGAUCAUGAACACUGACGGAACGCCGUUGGAACCCGCCUACAGUGAGUUCGUGAGCUACAUGGAGAUAAAGCGCAAAGACACCCCGAUGAUCACCGAAACGCCGUUGAUGUGGGCUGCGGUCAAGGGCCACACCGAGGUUGUCUGCGUGCUGCUGGAAGCAGGCGCAGACCCCCUCGCGGUGGACGCGCUGGGCGCGACGCCCGCUCUUCUCGCGGUGCAGUACCAGCAGGUCCCGGCGCUGCUGGUGCUCCUGGGCCGCGGCCAGCACGAGAGGCAGCUCGUCUCCACGGACCACCAGGGGCGAUCUCCCGCGCACUGGGCGGCCUACAAGGGCCAGCCCGAGGCCUUGCACGCCCGGGCCCCGGCCUCUCCGUCAGCGACCCGCCGGCCGCGCUCGCCCGUGGCCGUGUCAGUGCGGCCAAUCUCCAGGCAGCGGGCGUCGGCGCCAGGUGCAGGGCUUGGCUGCCGGGGCGAGGUGGCGGAGACGGUUGCGCUGCCGAUGCCACCAAAGGGAGUGACUGAGUACCUGGUCCAGGUCGUCGGGGCUGGGGUGGCGCCCGGCGGGGCGCGGGAGCAAGCUGGCCGGCCUUGGCCGCCUGCCGCGGUGGCGCGCGCCUGCCGCGCCCUGCAGAGCGCGGCCGGCGGCGAGGGGCGGCCGCCCGCCUCGCCAGGGGGCUGCGGGGAGCCCCCCGCCCGCGCGCGCGCGCGGCAGAGGCAGCUGCGGGCGGCCGGCGGCGGCCGGCGGCGGUCGGACGGUGGCCGGCGACCGUGGGCGGCGGCCGGCUGGUGGUUGUUUACGGCGGCCGGCCGGCAGUGGCGGGCCCCGGGCGGCGGCCGCGCUGCUGCCAUGCCGCGCGCGGGGCCUCGGGUGGGCCCGCUGCGGCGGGCGCCCCUGCCUGUCGGCGCGGCCUGCGUCGGCGCCGCGGCGCUGCCGAGGCGCCGCGACUCCUGCGCUGCCUGCCUGCCGUCCUGCCUGCUGCCCCGGGGCUUGCUGCUGGCAGCGGCGGCCCCGCCCGUGGCGUUGGGCCCGGAGGCCAGGCGCCUCUGCGAGAGCGCGGCGGCUGGCCAGCCGCUGGAGAUCCCGCGGUGGCUGGCCCUGGCGGACGAGGCCCUCGCGAAGGCCGCUCGGCUGCCAGCAGAGGACGUCCUGCUCCUGCUGCGGGCCCUGCUGCGCCACCGCGUGGAGGACCCGGGCCUCUUCGCGGCCCUGGGCGAUCGCGUCACCCGCCUGGCCCCAGGUUUGUCCGUGUCUGCCGCUUUGGACGCUCUGGAGUUGUUCGGGCACUACCGCGAUUCCCGCGCUGGACGUGCCAGCAACCGCGCGCUGAGCGGCGAGGCCAGCUUGCAGCGAGCUCAGUCCAGCUGGCGAGGUCGCGCAGAGAGCGCGGCGCUGAUGGCAGUCCACAGGUACGCUACUUGGCUGCAAGAGGCCCCGUUGAUUGUGGACUACGCCGCGUUGGCGAAGGGUUGCAAUGCCCCGCGCAGGCGCUUCGUGGCCCCAGCGAGUUUGCAGAGCGUUGAGCAGGAGGUCAAGGAGGGUGCGAGCAUUGUCGAGGGGAUGCAGGACGGGAGCGAGUCCGAGGACGAGGCGAUGCCCACGUCGAAUUGCCCGCCGGCGUCGAGUUCUGCAGGGGACGAUGCGAGCGCGGCCCCGCCCGAGCGCAUCCCUGUGAUGUCCUGGGCGGCAGGGCUGUGCCUCCGCCUGCAGGAGACCGCCGUCUCCGACGCGGCGCGCGUGCCCGGCGGCUGCCUCGUAGGGGCGUCAAAGGAGGUGCCGGCAUGUGCCGGAGUCGGCCCGAACGGCGGCAGGAGGCUUGAGGUAUAA